AUGGACAAUCAUGCCAUCGUCAUUUUUUUUGGUGGGUUUGAGAUGUUCCAGUGGGCAGGAAGUGCAACGGGAAAUCCAUUUGACCCAUUGGAUGGAUGUAAAUCAUGGCUGAAAGUUGACCGUGUUUACUUUCCAAUAUGCAUCAACCCACAUCAUUGGAUACUUGGCGAGUUAUGGAUGGACACGUUGGCAUUGAAUUUGUACGACAGCUUCCAAUUAUUUGGCGCCAUGAAGAUUAUUGAUUUUGUUCGGUUUGAAGAGCUUAUGGACCGCAUUCUGGUGGAAAUUAAGUAUUGGAACCACAUGGGUUUUCCUGUUCAGAAAGCAUCCCUCACUGUUACAGAUGUUACGGACGUACCCCAACAAGAGGGGAUGUAUGGAGAGUGCGGUGUGUUUAUGCUGAUGUUCAUGGAGCAGCUUGUUUCAGGUCGACCGAUUGGUAUAUCGAUGACACUUGUUGUUGCUGCUACUCAGUGUCGUUAAAGGAUGGCCUUGAUAUAUUAUGGAUUUUCUAAACAGUCGAUUUUGAGUUAGUCCGAGUUGUAUGUUUUUAGUGACAUUCAAUGUGUCCUGUUUGAUGACGAUUAGUUAACAAAAUUUCCCC